AUGAGCUCGCCGAAGGAGAAGACCGCCGCUGCAGCAGAGGAGAAGACGUCCACGGAGACAGAGAGGUUCUCUGUCCCCGAGUACUUUGAGCGUCACCAAGCAAAGCGUGACGCUCUUGCUGCCAAGCCUGCGGCGGGGACAACCCAGCCGGAGAUUGUCCUCGAAGGCUCCUCAGUAGCCAACGACGCCGUUGACUACGGGGACGGCGUCGUGGAGAUGGAAGAGGGCGAGGCCUCGUCAAGCCGGCGCAAGGAGUCUAUCGACAGCGAUUGUCUCGACCCGCACGCCGGGUCGAGACGCCCUCGCGAAGGAGACGACUCGGACGCUUCGAGCUCGAAGCGUUCGCGCGGCGAGAGCGACACUCCGCUCUCUGCUGCCGGGGCUUUGAGUACCCCACGUGAUGUGGCGUCUUCAAGUUCUCCGCGCGCUGCUCAGGCAGCGCGUGAUCCGUGGAUGCCGUCUGCGUCAGAGAUCGCAGACCGCGUGGGCAACACCGUGCCUCCAAACGAAAUCCCGCUGUACGUAUGCAGCGGCAUCCACGACGAUGCUGUGGCGGAGGGGCAGCACUUUGAUCCGUUAACGAAUCAAAGGCGCGACUACUACAUCGGGCUCUUCCAUGAGCUCCAGUACUUCUCCAGCAAGAAGACCUCUUCUCGCAGCAAAGUGCCUGAAUGGCAGGCACUUUGUCAAAGUUGGAAUGCUUUUGUUGAGAACUUCAACAAGAAGCCGGAAGCUUAUCGCGAACGGGUUAAGCAUGCCCGUGAACGCUUCGAGACAUUCUCGACGCGCGGGAGGCUGGAGCAGCUCCACAGAUCCUCUGUGGACGCUGGUAUUCCAUGCGCUGUGCCCGAAGACCAACAGUGCACGUUGUGUCUUCCGGGUGCGGCGCGCUUGAGCGACCGCGACCUAAACGGGUACACGACGAUUCGUGUACCUGCGAGUCUCAAAGAUCUCCGUGCCAAGUUCCUGGCACGUGAGGAACGCGACGAGCGCGGGCCUUCGGGCGCUGCAGGUGACUACAGCGCUCGCACUACCUUCGCGCCGGCAGUGCGUGGUGAGCUUCGUACGCCCUCACCAUUUCCGGAACGUCCUGCAGCAGGACGUCCCGCGGCUCCCAUGUAUCUUGGUGGGGCGGAAACCCUCUCCAACGAAUACGAUAACGAACCGGCUGCCGGUUCGUUUUUGGGAUACUAUGGUUCACAAUACGCUCAACAAUCCAGCGUGUUGAGCCGCGGGCGUCGCGGAUCGGAGGCGGCGGUGGUGGGAACACGCCCCGGGUAUGGUCAACCUGGGGUUGACCUUGGCCGGCCGGCUCUCGAGGAGCGGGUCGCUGCCGUGGAGCAGCAUCAGAGCCGCGAGUUCGCCGCUCUGAAGCAGGAGAUUGCGAUCCUGAGGGCUCAAGUCGCUCAGGGUUCGCAGACCACGUCGGAUAUCUCCGUCGACGUGGGAGGUCGCGUCGUGCGUUUGGCCCAGCGCGUUGGUGAACUGUCAUUGGGCCACUCGAAAAUUAUCAGCGGCAGUAUCAAUCAGAACAGCGAUAAAGAGCUUAUGCGAGAGGUCAGUGCUGCGAAGCCGUUUAGCGCCCAGUACGGCCUGUAG